AUGGCCCUCACUGUCUUGAAAGAGGCCCGGGACCUGGACGAUUGCUAUAUGGUUAAUCGUCGGGAUUCAGAUCCAAUUCGAGAUGGCCGAAAGCAAGAUAUUCGCUUCGAGGCCCAGGACUUCUACGUGACGCGGCCCUUGGGACCAUCCAUGCUGGCUGCCACCCAGACAACUGUGACGGAUAUGCUCGGGGAGGAGUGGGAACCUCUGCCACCCGUUGAGUCUUGA